UGAGAUUUGCUGUUGGUUACUACCAGACAAAAAUGAGGAAUUUUUAAAACGUCUUGGAGAAGAUAUUUUCACACACCCAACAAUGGAGGACAAGUCAUUCCAUGAAGUUGUAUUUAAGAAAGUUGGAAUACCAAUGCAGAUCAUCUUAAGGGGAGAUAAAUCUGUGAAGAAUUUCAUUGAAAAUUUAAAGAAAGGGAAGACAACCAUGUACCAUGCCUCUGGAAUGAUAAUAGGGUGUGCUGGUAGUGGGAAAACAACAUUGUUAGAGAGACUGAAGGGCAUUGACCUGGAAGAAAUAAAGAAAAAUAUCAGUUCAACCAGAGGAGUCGAUAUCCACACAGAUGUCUUUGAUGUGAAGGAUAGCAUCCAAGCAAAUUCUUCAAGUCAACAACAGCGCUUUAAGCUUAAACUUGAUAAAAAAGAUAUGCAACAGAGUGUUCCUGAAUCUCAUUCGGAAAAUGCAGCUGAUGAUGCGAAAACGCAGGGGAAAAUGAAACCAGUUGAUGAUGAGGGCCAUGCGAUUAAAGUAUCAAACAGUGGACAGAUAUCACAAGAUGAUACCAACAUUAAAACUACCUCAUUCUCUCCACCACAAGGUGCCAUAUCAGCUUCAAAUUUAGUAGAAGUUACGAAGGAAAAUAGAGAUAUUCUUGGACCAAAUAAUCCAGGAAUUUCAGGAAAUUUGCAGAUUGAUUCAAAAAAAAUUUCAGACUACCCAGAUAAGAAAAUUACAAUGACUGACUUUGCAGGACAGUGUUCAUAUUAUGCCUCACACCAGAUUUUUCUGAGUCCACGGGCGUUCUUCAUUCUUGUGCUGAAUAUGGAGAAGAAGUUCAAUGAUAAGGUUGGAGAAGAAGUGUGUUGUCAGGGAGGCUCCAUUUAUGAAAGGUGGACAUACAGAGAUUAUCUUGAAUUCUGGAUGAAAUCCAUUCACCAAUACAGCAAUGAUAAGGCCCCUGUUCUGCUCAUUGGUACACAUAGUGAGAACAAAACAGAAGAGGAGAUUAUGACUUUUUUCCAUGAAAUAUGGGCUACUCUUGAAAUGAAGGACAAGGCUUUGCACAAACAUCUCCAUGAGGAUAGACAGUUUGCAGUGGGAUUCCAUGACAAUGAAAGCAUUGAAAACAUUAAGCUCUCUAUCGUUAAAGUUGUGCAAAAUCUAAAUCAUUGGGGAGAAAAACUUCCACUCUCAUGGGUCAUGUUUGAAAAAUUCUUCCAGGAAAAGAAAUCCCAGAGGAUAAUGAAAAAAGAAAUGCUGCUGGCUUUCAAUGAUGCAUUGCCAACAGGUAUAAAACUCGAAACGGAUGAUGACAUUAAUAUUAUGCUGCAGUUUUUCCAUGACAUCAGAGAAAUUUUAUACUUCAACCAAGAACUUCUUGAUGUUCUAAUCAUUCUUGAUGUGCAGUGGUUUGCAAAUUUAUUUAAAAAUGUAAUAACAGAUAGAAAUCAUGCAGAAAAGGAUUUAUGUAGGUUUGCAUCAGACUGGAAAAAAUUUGAUCAAACUGGAGAAUUAAAUGACACUUUGCUUACAGCUAUCUGGGAAUUGAAGGGAGUAGCUUUCAGUGAACACAAAACAGAUGUCAUGCUAUACAUGGAAAAGCUAGGAUUAUUAGCAAAAUUGGAUGACAAAAAAUGGCAUGUUCCUUGUAUGAACAAAAUGCCAUUUCCUGCAAAUCUGUUUACUUCAUACCCUGCCUCAUCUAUUCUCUGCUACGUGUUUGAUGUUCUUCCUGUUAGCAUUUUCCAUCGUCUUGUAGCUACAUGCUUUCAAAUUCCCUGGGAAAUUGUUACAGAGAGAGAGAGACUAUGCAUAUACCAAACAGUAGCUGUUUUCUUGUUUAAGGAUCAUAACAUAUUGCUUGGAAUGACUCCCAGGGAAAUUCAGUUACAGGUUUUUGUCAUUGAAGGGAAAGUUGAGAUAACAAAUUGCCAGGAAAUUAAGGCAGAAAUUGACCGUAUGCUUAAUGUUCUUUCCAGAACUUUCCAGACUGACUUUCGAUUUACACUUGGGUUUAAAUGCAAAACUACAGGAUUCUGUGAUAGCCAAGAAAGUUCUGUGAUCAACGAAUCAGAAUUUACAAAGGCAUCUUUUCAGUGUCCUUUCUGUCCAAUAGGGAAAAAGCACAUAAUCAAUUCAAAGAAUAUCAAGAAAUAUUGGAUACAGGUACACGACGAUGAAGCUGAGCCUUCUGAAGAUAAAGGUAUAUCUCAAGGUAAACCGUCAGGGAGUUCUGGACCAAAUAAUUUUGCCAAGAUAUUAAAGUUAUUGCAAGUUGGAACUGAUGCAGUAAGAAUCUGCUUCGAUAAAUUCUUCCCAAAAGAGGAUUUAGAAAAGACUCUGAAAGAAAAUGAAACAGACAUAAGAAGAGGACAGUUCCGAUUCCAACAACCUCAGCUAGAGAUUCUCUUCCCAAAGCAAGGCACUUAUUGGUUUUCUUUCUUUAAUGAUUAACAUAAUGCUUCUUAAAAUAUUUUAUGGCAUAAAGAAAUAUAAAAGUCUGUAAAAAGAAUUGUUGUUAUGAUAUAAAAAAAAAAUCUGUACUAUGCACUGCAUAAUGUAUUUCCUUUAACAACCAAAAAAUUAUCAUUUUUGUUCUCAAACCAAGAAAAAAUUACCCUCAAAAAGUAGUAAUUUUACAGUAUAUAACUAAUGAC